AUGAAGAAGGAGCUAGAAGAUGCCUUGAGAAUUGCUAUCUUGUCGGUGUCAGUCAAGCUGGAAACUUCUGAGACUAUAAACUGGCUUUCUGUUCAUCCUUCUAGAAGGAAUUCCCCAACAAUUACUAAGGUUCAGAGUGAUCAUCACGAGGUUGUUGCCGAUUUGGUACAGACAAGUUUUCUCUUUUCUAUUCCCAUGGAUGGUCCCAUGUCCUUUUCCACUCCUCAUGUCUCGGUGCAUUGGGCCCUAAGAUUUGAAUUUUUCACUACUCCAAAGAAUAUAGACCGUGCCAGAUAUGAGCAUCCUCUUUUAAUGGAAGGUAGAGAUAAAAGUGAGUGGGUUCUUCCUAUAACUGUUCAUGCACCCCCGCCUGGAACUCCAGCUGCCCGCGCACAGAAUGAGAGACCUUUCUCUUUAGAGCCAUUGUGGGUUCAUAGUUGAAGGUAACUUGUUUCGACUUUUUUAGUGGCCGAAUUUCUGUAGUAAUAAAUCUUUCUUGAAUCUGUGAAAUAAUAACCGAAUAGCUCAGUCACUCAUUUUGUUAGUACUGCUCUAAGGCACAUAAAGCUUCCACUGCCAUUGAGCAAUUUGUAACUAAGCAGUCUCCAACUCCAUUACCGCUGCAAUGACAGGUGUCGUACCUAAUGCCCAACAGUUUCCAACUGAUUGAAUAGGAUUGGAAGGCCCCAUUUGAUUCUCCAGGGCUUCUGAACUCAGUUUCUCAUUUUUAAUCUCAGCAUUUGUAAUAUAAGAUUUUGAUAUUCAACUUUUGUCACUCGAAAUUGCAUAUGUGCCGGUUUUUGCAUAUGUAUCAGUCAGUUAUUGUUGGGAAGCAGAUGGGUUAACGGAAACUUUAGACAUAUGCUAAAUAGUUUUAGAAUCUGAAGAUAUGAUAUGGUUUGUUCUGUUGAGAAUU